AUUCCUUUUAUGGAGCCACAAGCCGGAAAUACGCUCCUUUUCAACUGGACUGACGUCUCACCAUCAUUCGGGUUGCAAUAUCAUCCGUGUUAUGAUGGACUAGAGUGUGCCCGACUCCUCCUGCCCAUGAAUUGGCAUAAUACCUCAGAUUCACGAAAUGUCGCAAUCGCCAUUAUCAAACUCCCGGCCACUGUUUCAUCAGCAGAUCCUCGAUUUAGCGGAACGCUCAUCACCAACCCAGGAGGCCCUGGUCAAUCCGGUGUUCAGAUGGUCCUUGGAGCUGGAAGAUUCAUACAACAGCUGGUGGAUGAUGCAGAUCACAAGUACGAGAUCGUUUCAUUUGACCCGCGAGGAGUAUGGCAAAGUACACCCAGGCUAGACUGCUUCGAAGGUGACGAUUAUGCACGAGGACUGUGGGAGUGGGAGAAGAGAAUUAGGGGUAAUAUGGAUGGCUCGAAUCAAGCUGCAAUUCAGGCCCACAUAGCUGCAGCGAAGGCAUUUGGGGGAUUUUGCGAGAAUUCGAAGCAUGAUUUUGCCGUGCAUGUUUCAACGGCUGCUGUGGCGCGAGACAUGCUGGAGAUGGUGGAAAAGAUUGAGAGUGAACGGAAAGAAAAGUCAUUUCAUGGUGAUCAAGAGGUACUAUCAGCAGACUCUGUUACAAAAUUACAGUACCUCGGGUUCUCAUAUGGGACGCACCUUGGAAACACAUUUGCCUCUCUGUUUCCGGACCGAGUCAAAAGGAUGGUUCUGGAUGGUGUGGUUGAUAGUUAUGCAUUCACCGGCACGCGUUGGCCUCUUGGUUCUACUCAGGAUGCCGAAAAAGUCAUGGAUCACUUCUUUGAUACGUGUUUUGCCGCGAAAGAAUCUUGCGCAUUAUACAAGCCUGGAUAUACCAGCAGCGGCGAAAUUAGGGAUGCGAUCCAAACGGUAUUCAAGAUAAUAAAGCAAUCCCCCGUGCCAGUAGUCCAGGACAAGAACUUUACCCUUUUCACUCUCACAGAUCUGCAGCAGCUUAUUUUGACCCCUUGCUAUUCGCCAAUUGCCUUCUUCCCACAGGUUGCAGAGGACCUCGACCUCCUUCUGCAAGGCCAGUAUGCAGAUGUCGUCAACGAUAAUCCAGAACUUCUAGGUCCGGCCGCCCCUCAACACGCAUCCUGUGAUGACGCCAUAGGAAGUCCUAAUCCAGACACAUAUUCAGUCUACGCAGCCUCAGACGCAGCCUUUUCAGUCGUCUGUGGAGACCGCGUUGACGUUCGCAAUACUACAGCCAAAGAGCUAGCCGAUUACAUACAGCACAUGCUCGACGAAUCCCCUUCUAUCGGCUCCACCUGGGCGACAUUCUACACACAGUGCGCCGGCUGGCCCUAUCGAGCCAAAUGGGCAUUCCACGGUCCCUUCAAGACUCCUCCACCAGAGACAAAGACUGGACCUGACGCGCCUCUGCUUUUCCUCUCAAGCGAGUUUGAUCCGGUGACUCCGGUUAGUGCUGCUAUUGCUAUGGCUGAGCGUCAUCCGCAUUCUCUGGUGGUGAAACAGCGUUCGUAUGGUCAUACGGCGCUAUUUGCAGCACCUAGCAACGCCACUAGGCGGAUUCUUAGGGAGUAUAUGCAUCAUGGUAUACUUCCCCAG